GACGUCGAGCUCAUCGAAGGCAUCGAGCGCGACAUCGUCGAGACGGGCGUGUCCGUGACCUGGGACGAGAUCGCGGAGCUCAAGGAGGCGAAGCAGCUCCUCCAGGAGGCCGUCGUGCUCCCGCUCUGGAUGCCCGACUUCUUCCGGGGCAUCCGGCGGCCCUGGAAGGGCGUGCUCAUGUUCGGCCCGCCGGGCACGGGCAAGACGAUGCUCGCCAAGGCCGUCGCGGCCGAGUGCAAGACGACGUUCUUCAACGUGUCCGCGUCGACGCUGUCGUCCAAGUGGCGCGGCGAGUCCGAGAAGAUGGUGCGCCUCCUCUUCGACAUGGCGCGGUGGCACGCGCCGAGUACGGUCUUCUUCGACGAGAUCGACUCGCUCGCGGGCCAGCGCGGCGGCGCGAACGAGCACGAGGCGUCGCGGCGCGUCAAGACGGAGCUCAUGGUCCAGAUGGACGGCGUCGCCGGCGGGUCCGGCGACGCGCCCGAGGACGCGGGCGCCGAAGCCGCGCCGCGGACCGUCAUCGUCCUCGCGGCGACGAACACGCCCUGGGAGCUCGACGAGGCGCUCCGGCGGCGCCUCGAGAAGCGCAUCUACAUCCCCCUGCCGACGGCGGCGGGCCGGGCCGCGCUCUUCGAGAUCAACAUGAAGUCCGUCGACGUCGCCGACGACGUCGAGCUCGACGACCUCGCCGCGAAGACGGACGGCUACAGCGGCGCGGACGUCGCCAACGUCUGCCGCGACGCGGCCAUGAUGUCCGUGCGCCGCGUCAUGGAGGCCGCGCGCGCCAAGGGCCUCAGCGGCGCGGAGAUGCAGCGCGAGCUCGCGGCCAACCGCGGCGCGAUGCAGGCCGACGUGUCCAUGGAGGACUUCCUCAACGCGAUCCGCAAGGUCCGCGGCUCCGUCGGCUCCGCGGACCUCCAGAAGUACCGCGACUGGUCCGACGAGUUCGGCGCGGCCUAG